AUGUCGUCAGACACGUUGCCACUCGUCCUCAACGACCUCGCUGAGAAUCAUCAACCCCUCGCUCAGAAUCAUCAAGACUCCGCUCAGAAUCAUCAAGACCUCGCCGUGGGGAAAGCAAAGUCCGUCGUUCUCAUAAUGGGACACGAUCUCUCCAGGCUUGAGCAGAGCGUUACACAGUAUCCCAUCCUCGAAAGCCUCGCAGCUGCGCUCCCCUUCAGAGACCUCUACAACCUCGCGAAGACGUCCAAGACCACCUGGGCGGCCAUCAACGGCUCAAAACCUCUGAAAUCAAGAACUAUAUGCGACGGUUCUGGUAUCGCGUAUCGUCUCAAGGCCUUCCAGAGUCGAGUCAACAACUGGAGUCCGAGCGGCUACUCUGCUCUGAAGUGCAACCCAGAGCAUAGCAAGCAAUGCAAACCCUGCGGCAAAUAUGUCUGCAACGAGUGCCGUGUCCACUGUUACUACUCCGGGAAUGCAUUCAAGCCGCCGCCCGUCUCCCAUGGAUUUGACCCUUAUUAUGGAUCCUUGACUAUAAUCCUCAACCUCGACCAGAAGAAAAUCAACAUCCACCACGGUUGGGCUCCCCCCACUGGAGAGGGAAUUAGUCAUGAUGACGGAAGGGUGUUCUGCUGCUAUCUCACCUCCGGUCGCCGAGGCGAACACUUCAGAUUCGACACCCCCGUUUCGGAAGUACUGGACAUGAACCUCGGCCAAACAGAGCAGAAAGCAAGCGCCUUCUAUCCCGUAAUCCAACUGCGGAAACGAUGGAUGUGCAAGGACUGCUACAAGAAACCUGUAGUACGGGUUGCAGGCCUCGGGCAACCGACGAAUGACGCAAUUGCAGCAGCAGGCACUGGACUCUGCACCUGCACGCUCAGAAAGCGAUUUUUGGACCGUUGGACUUGUAUCGACUGCGCCAUGGCGGAGUGCAAAAAAGACUUGGAGCACGCUCAAAAGGCACGAAAGCGUAACCAAAAAAGGUUUCCUUUCAAGUUGCCUCGUACGCCCACGCAUUGCGGUUGCGGUGUCCCAUUCAAAAAGGGCCAGGACGUUUAUAUCUCUUGCAACUGGUGUGGAGGGGAGGUGCGCUGCAAGGAGUGGGCAACAUAA